GAAAUGGAGGAGGAAAAGGGCGACGAGGAGCCAAAGAAGAGCAAAGAAUCGGUGUUGGACAUUUUUAAAAUAAAGAAAGAGAAAAAGGAAGAGAAGAGUGUGGAGAAAACAGGAGAAAUGGAGGAGGAAAAGGGCGACGAGGAGCCAAAGAAGAUCAAAGAAUCGGUGUUGGACAUUUUUAAAAUGAAGAAAGAGAAAAAGGAAGAGAAGAUCGAGAAGGAAAAAGAUGUGGAGGAAAAAGACAAAGGUGAGAAAAUAUCUGAAUCCAAAUCUGAGAAGAAGAAGAAGGUAAAUGAAAUGAGUGUGAAAACAGAAAAAGACGUUUUAAAAGAACAAUUUGAGAAGGAAAGCAAGAAAGAGAAAGAAACUGGGAACCAAAAGUCGCCUGGAAAGAAACCAGAGAAAAAACCUGAAAAGUCUAAAGAAGAACCGAAUAAAACCCCAGAAAUCAAAACGAAGCCUGAAAAUCAGCAGAAAGAAGCAACGAUCCAACAUGCAGGGGAGGAGAAACCCCAGAGGAGAACUGAGACGUCGAGGAGACACAGCAGCCGGAGCGAGAAAGACGGAGAAAAACAUGAGACACGAGAAAGGAGGGAGGAGAGAGGAAGUCAAAGAGAGAGCUGGAGGAGGAGAGGAGAGGAGGAGACCGGAAGAAAAGACUCGCAUCGAAGCCACAGAGACGAAGAGUCUCUGAGGGAGAGGAAGACGAGCCACCAUGUUAGGGAGAACGAAGAGCGGAGCAGCAGAGUGGAGAGCGCCCGGAGGCGCUUCGAGAGAGCUGCUGGAGACCAGCAGCAAGAGGAGGAGGAGAGGAGGCAGAGGAGGAGAGGAAGUGACAGGGAGCACGAACACAGCCGGAAAGGAUCGAGGUCCAAAUACGACGCCAUGAGGCACGACGGCCUGAACAUCUAAACCAGAGUUUAGAAGAAAAGAUCACACUAAACAGGAUGACCUGCAGAUAAUCUGCAGGUCUAAGAUGGAGAGAAGCUUCUGCAGAUGUUCCUGGUCCAACAUGGAGAACCUUCAGGUUCCCCAUCAAACAAAAACUGACAUUAAAGCUGCAGCGCGUAACUUUUAUCUAAAAAUAAAAAAAAGUU